CUAGGAGGCUAUCCUCUUCUCUCUCUCUCUGCGCUAAAAGGAGGAAGCCGAGCUCGGCGAACGAGAGGAAAACCCUAGAGAGACAAGGGGGAGAGAGAGAGAGAGAGAGAAGCGGGGAGCAAUGGUGCAGCGUCUCACGUACAGGAAGCGGCACAGCUACGCCACCAAGUCCAACCAGCACCGGGUCGUCAAAACCCCCGGCGGGAAGCUAGUGUACCAGACCACCAAGAAGAGAGCCAGCGGCCCCAAAUGUCCCGUCACUGGCAAGAGGAUUCAAGGGAUUCCUCAUUUGAGACCUGCUGAAUACAAGAGGUCAAGACUCUCAAGAAAUCGCCGAACUGUGAACCGUGCAUAUGGUGGAGUAUUGUCUGGAGGAGCUGUGCGUGAGAGGAUCAUUCGUGCCUUUUUGGUGGAAGAGCAAAAGAUCGUGAAGAAGGUUUUGAAGAUUCAGAAGGCGAAGGAAAAGCUAGCCUCUAAGAGCUGAGAUUGUUAUACCACAGUGCUUUUGGCACUUUGAGAGUAAUUUUGGCGUUUGAAUUCGUGACAGUAAUGAGUUGUUGGACUUGAAUUUGCCUUUUCUUAGGCUGGUUGAAACAUAUAUCUACCGCUCCUUUCAUCA